CCAUGUUUGAAGUUUGAAGGUCGUAACCACGCUAGAAACACUUUUGAGCAAUGGAUGAUAUUAUUUUUGAUUUGCAGGAAUCUUUUCAGAGGUAUGACCCGAACAGUCAACAUGAACUGAUAGUCAAGACUGAGGAAUGGAGUCGUGUUCGCGUUAACACACAAAAUGCCAAAAUAAUUAAUGCUUGUAUUCGAAAAGUCAUGUCAAUUUUCUAUUCUCAUUCGUUUCUUGGCUGUUCGUCCUGUGGAUGCAAUAGCUACAUGGUUUGGACUUCUCUCUUGGCUUCGUUUCUUGAUUCGGAAGUUGUGCUUAAGCAUGGUCCUAACCUCAGCUCAGAAGAUGUUCUCAUGGUUGAAUUUACACUUUCAGGGGAAACUAUCUAUCUAGUUGAUGUUUUAUUGCAAAUGAACACAGCUGCUCUCGCUCCUGAGUUUGCAGCAUUAGUAACAAAGAGAAUAUUUUCUUUGAAUAAAUUAACUUUUGAAUGUCAUGAGAAUGCUAUCAGGAUUUUGAUGCUUUAUAAGUGGCUGGAUAUUAACUUUCCUCACAUUGUGAAACCGACACAUGAGGAACUCGUCGGUAAAUAUUUAGAUACAGAUUCCGUUUUUCUCUGGAUACGUCAAAGAAUACGCACUAAUAUAAAGUUAGCAUAUUGGAGAAAAUGCACAACACUCGAGAAGACUCAAGUGCUUCUAAAUGCUUUCGACCUGGCUACCUUGGCAACACUGCUUAAUCCAUAUUCUGUGAUGGAAGCUUUAUCUAGUCCUCGAGAUGAUAAUUUUGAUAGGCAAAAUGUUGUUUCUCCCAAGAAACAACGACAUAAUUUAAAAGAGAAACAAAAAGUAAGUGGAAAACAUCACUUGAGUAGUGCGCAGUUAAUGGAUACUGCUUUCACAGAAACAGAUACGGAAAUGAGUUCAGAAGAUAAUAGUCUCCAAUACCUGUCAACGCAAACAGAAGACUUGAGAACUCCACAUCCAGAAAACAAAAAUAAUCCAUCAGUAAUCAACCACAGGGUUCUUGAAAAACUUACCCCUGAUAACGUAAUAUCUUAUUCCAAAAGAAAAACAACACGAGAUUACAACAGAUCACCAAAAAGAAGAAUAUUGCGUCAAUAUGAUCUCAGCAUUCCGAGUGGAGGAACAAAUCCAUUGACUCAACAGAAUACGCUCCCUAAGAAAGAGAACAAGGAAUUCGUAGUUGACGAGUGUCGACAGGAGGCCUGCAGCCCUGCCAAGAUUCCUCCAAAGGUAAGUCAUGUUGACGCCAGGAGCAUCCACGAGCAGGAAACACUAGACGGUAAGUGGUUUUAACUAGCAAUAACAUGGCUUAGUUUCAGGCAACACUGACACAUCUAGGUGUUCACCGGGCAGGAAACCAGUAAUGCCACUUGAGGCAAUUGAGUUCGGUAUGGAAGCGAGUCUCUCGAGUGAGGGAAGUACACCGAGAAAGAAUAAGAACAAAACAUUAAUAGGAAACAGUAAAUGUAGUUCGGUGAGAAGAAGGAGCAUGCUUCAAUCUGUGAAUACUGUCUGCCAAGAAACUCUGAAAGUUCUCGAAUCUGAAACUUCAUGCGAGAGAGAUGUUGGACAAGGCAAAUACUCGCUGCGCAACAAACGUCCCCUGAAAUAGAUAAGGUUGUAUCGAGUUACACGCUGGCUAAUCACUUUUGUUAGGUCUCGGUUGAAUGCAGAAUGCUUUUUACAGUCUUCGCCACACUACCAGAUUUAGCAGAAUAUAUGAUUAUUUGGGGGUAUCACGCUGAAUGUGUCAAGCGCAUUUACCUCAAUAAACAGUAUAAAAAAGCGAUUUUCAUCUCAAACGUUCUAUUAAAAUGUUACUAAUUGA